AAGACAGGGCAGGGCAAAACCAUCUUGUAUCAAGUAUUAGUAGUUCAGUAAACAACGAUUACCUUUCACAAUCUUCACCAUUCAAUAGAAUAAUCGGAGAGAGAGAGAGAGAGAGAGGGGGAGAGUGAUGGGGGAAGAAGAAGAUCCACAGAAGUUGAAGAGAAUAGGGGCGGCGUCGUUUGACUACGACAAUGACCCAAGAUGGGCGGAGUAUUGGUCUAACAUCCUUAUCCCACCCCACAUGACCUCUCGCUCCGACGUCGUAGACCACUUCAAGCGCAAGUUCUACCAGCGCUACGUCGAUCCUGAUCUUGUUGUUGAGCCAAUGUCUAUGAGUAGUUCCUCUCAGCCUGCAAGACCAUCAGCACCACCAUCGUCAGCAAACCCAAGUGACCAAACACAACCACGGAACUCAGGGUCAACUGCUAGAACAUCAAGGGCAUCUACUACUCCAGCUUCAAAUCCAACAUCUCUGCACUGGGAUCGACAAACCAUACAAUUUUCUGUUAAUGCUUGGGUCUUCGUUGUGGCUGUGCUUGCAAUUUUUCCACUUGCACCCAGAAACCUUUCGAACAGAGCAUAUCGACUUGCCUUCAUGGGCACUGCAUGUUCUUCUCUAUAUUCAUUGCACUCACUUUAUGGGAAACCUAGGGCGUGGAAUAUGCAAUCUGUGCAAAUGUGGUUUCAGUCUGUAAUUGCGACCAAGGAUUUCCUCUACUUCAUUUACUGCCUUUCUUUUUCCACAUCACACCUUAACCUCAAAUUUGCUUUAAUUCCCAUUUUAUGCCGAGCCCUAGAACAUGUUGCCAAGUUCCUCAGGCGUAAUUUCAGUCACUCCUCCUUGUACAGAAAAUACUUGGAAGAGCCUUGUGUGUGGGUGGAGUCAAACACCACUACUCUCAGCAUACUGUCUUCACACACUGAGAUUGGACUUGGGUUUCUUCUGAUUAUCUCUUUAUUUUCGUGGCAGCGCAACAUUUUACAAACAUUCAUGUAUUGGCAGCUGUUAAAGCUUAUGUAUCAUGCCCCUGUGACUGCUGGUUACCAUCAAAGUGUGUGGUCUAAGAUAGGGAUGACUGUUAAUCCCCUUAUCCAUCGUUAUGCUCCAUUCCUGAGCACUCCAAUUUCCACUAUUCAGAGAUGGUGGUGCAGGUAA